AUGAAAGUUUUUAAUACAAAGCUUCAAACGGUAGUGAGAGAACAACUGACUGCGGAAGGGCAUCCAUUACCUUCAGAAGUUACCAUAGCAUAUAAUUUUGAAACAAACUCAAUAGAUUUUAAAGUCAUCUCUGCAAAGAAGUCAGGUUUUACAUUUAAUGAAGCAGAUGUAUAUUCGAAUGAAAACUUCAAAGCUAUUGCAUGGUUAGAUAAUGACGAUUGCUUUAAGAAAAUAUUUAAAUACAGUGACUCAACGAUGUCAAUAGAUGACCUUCGUGGAAUGUUACCAUCGACGUUUACAGUUGAAGGUUCAGCAGGAUUGCUUACAAGAUUGUCAAUUGGUGGUAUUUGGUCUCGUGAGAACAUUGUUAUAAAAUCCAGUAUAAGUGAAUUUGCUGAAGAAUCUAUAUUAUGUCUUUCAAACUACAUGUAUUCGCCGCCGAAGCAUUAUAGUAUAACAAACUUUGUCAGUAAGUUUAACAUAAGACUUGUCGAACCUUCUUCAAUGAAAGAUGUUGUGCUACCCAAAGACGGAAAGGAUGGACUCAUUAUUGAGAUGAUUUUAAUUGCAUAUUAA